AUGCAUAAUGACCACGUAAAUGAAGUUAAAGAAUUAAAAAAUGAAAUUAAACAAAAGGUGGUAGAAAAUAAUUUUUUAAUGAAGAAAGUUGAGGAAUUAAAUAAAUAUAAAAUUAAAUUUUUGGAACAAGAAAUAAAAGAAGCAACUAGAAAACAAAAUAAUGAAAAUAAAGAAGAAUUAAUUAAGGAGGAUUUAAUUGAAUUAUUGGAAAAUAGUUAUUUGGAUAAUUCAAAAAAUAAAAAGUUGGGGAAUGAGAAAAGAGGAAUUUGUGUUGGAAUUGAUAAUAUUAAUUCUUUAUUCGAUAUUUAUCGUCAAAAAGGCAAAAAUGUUGAACAGAAAGCAAAGGAAGAUGAAUCAAAUUCUGAAAUUAGCGAAUUUGAUAUUCUUGAUAAUGAAAAUGGAAAAAAGAAGAUAAUUAAUGAUGAAAGUAAUAUAGAAGAAGAAGAAGAAAAGGAGUAACUGAAAGGGAUAAAUAAAAGGGAAAAUG